AUGCCGGAAACUCCCAUUUUUCGCGAUGAUGCGUCGAAAAUAAGUGAAGCAUCUUUUUCGACAGCCUACGAUCAAACUGAAAUACCCCCGCGUCAACUUCGCCGGCGAAGCACAGUGACGACGCUGAAACGAUGGGCGUCGAAGAGAGUGUCGCGUGCAUCGUUGAAUGAUGCCCAAGGAAAUGAACUCAGCGAGAAGAACCUUUCAUCUCUAGAACACGAGACGCGAUAUCUCGGAGGAAACAACAAGGACUUGAACUUGAAAGAAAUAGCUGAAGGGAAGGAGUUGGCGAAGGAAACUGGAUCGAUUCAAGAAGUCGACGAGACGCUUCCGGACCGCGACUUGCAGGAAGACAGGGACCCAUACAUUCUCCAAGAGUACGAUGUCUUUUGUCACGAGUUUACUUUGUCCGGCUCUCACCAGAAGAAAAAGGAUUUCGACUUGUCAAUGGAAAUAGGACAGGAUGCCAACUUGAAUAAUCCGACAACAGGCAGAUCUAAAAUAAACCAUACCUUGACCUCGCACCUGGCUGAAGAAUCUGGAUCUCCAUUCAACAAUUUUGACUAUCAAGCGAACAUGUCACAGCCCCAAUCAAUUACUUCGAUGCACCCCGGGAGGUCGUCAACAAACUACGACAACCCGAGAACUACUGAAAAAGAGAGCGACUUCGCAAUACCCUCAACCUACCAACCCCAACCCCCCUCCUAUGUCAUGACUCCGCUUGUUUAUAUGGAGAUGCAGCGCACCACUCGCGAGCGAAGGCUAUCCCGGCAAAAAAGCCUCUGGCAACCACUCAGGUCGCUAUUUUCAAACGAGUCGCUACAUAGGCAAUAA